UUGAUCAUCAGAAUUACACACACUCUCUCAUUUCUACAGAGGAAGCACCAGGCGAUGUACGAUGAGUUUGUAAAGAAGAAGGAUAUGAAGAGAGAAGCCUACUCCUCAUCUUCCUCCUCCCUCCAUCCCUACUCCUCAUCCUCCCUUCACAGCCUGGCCAAUGGAGGAGGCCAUCGCUGCAAUCACUCCAUCACCGCUGGAGGAGGAGGGGUGGGAGUAGUAGGAGGGAUCGGGGGAGGAGGAGGAAGAGAGGGAGCAGGAGAAGGGGUGACGAAGUUCCACAGACACGACCCUCGCCAGGUGCUGAUUUCGGAGGCGAUAGCUAAGAUGCUGGUCCAGGACCUCCAGCCUGCCUCCCUGGUGGAUCUCAGAGGGUUCAGAGAGUUACUGCAGCUGUUAGAGCCUCGCUAUACCCCCGAGCCCCCCAGAUACCUUCAAACCCAGCUCCUCCCAGCCUACGCCUACCAGGCCCAGCUGGCCACCAGACAGGCCCUGGCCUCAGCCCUCUCUCUCAGCCUCUCGGUCUCCCUCUGGAGGGGUUUCCUUGGGACCACAGCAGGGGCUAACACUGGGUACCUGGGCGUGACCUGCCACUUCCUGUCGUCUGAUUGGCAGAUGCGUUCCGCCCUGCUGGCCUGCCUGCCUCUGGUUGGUGGACUCUCGGCCAAUCGCGUGCUAGCAGAGUUCGAGGAGGUGUGUGUGGCGCACGGCGUUUCGGGACGAGCGUUCCGUGUCGUGGCUGACCCAUUUCCCGCUGAAACUCACCCCUCAUGCCGCCUACCAGGGUUCUGUAUCCACGGCAACCCGGGAGAUGAUGCCGAAGAGGAAGAGGAGGAGAGUGGGGAUGAAGGAGGAGAGAGGGAAGGAGAGGUAGAACAGGAGGACUGGUGGGAGGGAGGUCUGGGGUCCGGCAGGAUAGACUGUUUCUGUUGUUCUCUGGGUCAGUGUGUGAGAGAUGGACUGCUCUCCUCCUCUCCUCUCCUCUCCUCCACCCUGGCUAAAGCCUCAUCCUUCUAUAACUACGUCACCUCCGCCGUGCCACACGACAAACUGGUGGGCCUGUUGGGAGGGGGGGUGGAGGGGGGGUCGGGGGGCAGCAGGGCUGGAGAGCGAGACUGGGCCGUACAACUCAAGGUGUUGCGUGGUCUUCUGGACUCAGCAGAGUUCUUGGAGGAUGUGUCUGACCGGGCUGACCUGGUGCUGAGUGGCCAGGAGGUGGCGCUGCUCAGGGAACUGACAGACACACUGGAACCCUUUACUGAGGCCUGGGACAUGGUGCACACGCACAGACAGGGUGACAGACACGUCUCCAUCAGUCUGGCUCUGCCCUGUGUCCUGGGGCUCCGUAAGCACCUGUCAGAGUGCGUCUCCCCCCAGCUACCCUGCCUGCUGCUGGGCUUGUCUCAAGCCGUAGAGCGCCGCCUGGCUCCCAUCCUGGAGGACCCUCUGUACGUCACCGCCACCACCCUGGACCCACAGUUCAAACUUACCUGGAGCUCAGACCCUGACUGGCACAGACAGGUCCUCCUGGACGAGGUCACCAAACACACACAAACACAGGGCCCCAGCAUGGAGCUCACCCCCCAGGCCCAGUCCCCUGACGCGGCUUUGUCCCCAGCCUCGUCCCCUCUUCCCUCCUCCACUUCGCUCAGCAGGCCCUGCAAGCUGUUCUCCUUCAUCAAGCAAAGGCCCACGGCGCAGGCAAAGAGCGUGGAGCAGGAGCUGGCAGGGUACCUGCGUGAGGAGCCCACUGAGGAGGAGCCUCUCCACUACUGGAGACGAAAGACUAUAGACUUCCCCCAGCUCAGCCAGGUGGCCAAGCGGGCGUUUACUGUGCCGGCCGGGACCUCCACCGUGGAGACCAUCUUUACCUCGGCCAGACACUGGCUCCAACCCGGCAGAGGCAGGGCUCUCCCCAAAAACCUUGAGACACUCAUCUAUCUCAAAACCAACUAUAGGUUACUGUGGACUUAAUGGAUCAACCCUAGGCACUAACACAGCUACAGAGGCACUAACACAGCUACAGAGGCACUAACACAGCUACAGAGGCACUAACACAGCUACAGAGGCACUAACACAGCUACAGAGGCACUAACACAGCUACAGAGGCACUAACACAGCUACAGAGGCACUAACACAGCUACAGAGGCACUAACACAGCUACAGAGGCACUAACACAGCUACAGAGGCACUAACACAGCUACAGGCUGGUAAUGUUGUCCAUGAAACCCGAUGGAGACUCAAAAACUUAAAGGGACAAUUACAGACCGCUAUGGACCUAAACACUAUAGUCCAUGUAGCCUAUAGGUUUCAGACCUAAACACUAUAGUCCAUGUAGCCUACAGGUUUCAGACCUAAACACUAUAGUCCAUGUAGGCUACAGGUUUCAGACCUAAACACUAUAGUCCAUGUAGCCUACAGGUUUCAGACCUACACACUAUAAUCCAUGUAGCCUACAGGUUUCAGACCUAAACACUAUAGUCCAUGUAGACUACAGGUUUCAGACCUAAACACUAUAAUCCAUGUAGCCUACAGGUUUCAGACCUAAACACUAUAGUCCAUGUAGCCUACAGGUUUCAGACCUAAACACUAUAGUCCAUGUAGCCUACAGGUUUCAGACC